AUGUCGCAGUUUGAAGCUCUUAUCGACGCAAACACACGCUAUGUCGCGAUGGGACGCCUACCCGCUGUGAAAGGCGAAGCGUUCUUUUCUCAAGGCAGUCCUGGCAGUCCAACUCCUGGUCUUGCUAUCGUAACCUGCAUGGAUCGCCGUCUCGACCCGAUACGAGCUCUAGAUGUGGAGGGAAAGGCCGCUAUAAUCCGCAAUGCUGGCGGUGUUGCCGCUGACGCCCUACGCUCGCUCAUCGUAUUCCAAGCCCUCACUGGCGGGAAAGAUAUCCUCAUUAUGCACCACACCGACUGCGGACUGCUUCGCGUCUCUCCAAGGACGAUCCGCGCCAGCCGACAUGUACCAUCAGGCAUGGACUUUCACGAGUUUGAUGACGUAGAAAGUAGUAUUCGGCGUGAUGUACUCUGGUUGAAGGAACGCGUGCAAGAAGGAGCUCUACUUGAAGGGACCAAUGUUACGGGCUGGCUAUACGAGACCGGCACUGGACAGAUCAGGCUCAUCGAGUAG